UCUGAGUGAUUGAGAUGUAACGUCUGCCACGAUCUGAAUGGGACUCAAAGAAGAAAUUCAGUUCAGCUAUAGAAUAAGUAAUUUUUGCACAUUCAUUCCACAUCGGCAGCUCCAGCUCCGAUCUCUCUGUGCAGUCCAGACUUGGAUCCGGGUCAGCUUAGGUUUUUCAGCCUCAAGCUGAAACUAAACCCAUCUCUGUUCAUCAUCUUGUCCUCUUCACCCCUCAACUAAAACCUGCUCUUCUUGUCUUCUCGACUUUCUAAAUAUUGUCCGCAUCCAACGAGUUGUCUGGGGCAGAAACCGGGUGUUGUGGGAGUGGGUGUAAUUCAGAAAAUGCUAAAGAUUGGGGCACCUGGGUGGCUCAGUCGGUUAAGCAUCAGGUCAUGAUCUCCAGGUCCAUGAGUUCGAGCCCCACGUCGGGCUCUGUGCUGACAGCUCAGAGCCUGGAGCCUGCUUUGGAUCCUGUGUCUCCCUCUCUCUCUCUGCCCCCCCCCCUCCUCAUGCUCUGUCUCUCACUCACUCUCUCAAAAAUAAGUAUUUUAAAACAUUAAAAAAAAAAAGAAAACGCUGAAGAUCAAAAACCAACUAAGAUGUAUCCAUCCUGUUAACAGCCAGAGAUACUGGCGGUUCACAGGGGAGUAGUUUAAAAACUGGACAUGCUUUUAAAAUCGUUUGCAAAGCCGCUGUAGAAGAGGAUCCGAUACAGUGGAGCAGGAGGGCCUAGAAAUCCUGCUGCACCAGCCAAAUCCACUGAAAAGCCUGGGGACAGGGGUGGGGGAAAGGGCAGGUCCACUCCUUGCAGAGGGAGCUGGAGAACAGGAGGGAGUUGCCAAGUGUGGCAAAGGCAAAUGGCUGAAGGGAGGAGGGCUCGGGGAGCGCUCUUCAUUGGCUGUUCUGGUCUUUCCCCGAGUAUUUGAGGACUGGCGGAGUGACUGUCUGAACUCCGUUAAGAAGGCCCCAGGGCAUCAGGCUGCCUGCUCCUUCCUGGACAAAACUCAGGAUUCUCUAUGGCUCUUCAGGAAUCCACAGCGCUGGAUUUCUACCAGACGUAUUUUGAACCCAUGGUCUACCUGGACUACUUCAAGAUGGGCCAGAGCCCUGUGGGUGACGAUUGCCUCUACUUCCUGCUAAAACACUACAACGCCAUUUUUAAAUCAGGUGGGCUGAAAGGAAAGCUCCUGAUUGACAUUGGCUCCGGGCCCAGCAUUUACCAGCUCCUCUCCGCCUGCGAGUCUUUUGAGGAGAUAAUCGCCACUGAUUACACGGACAAGAACCGCCUGGAGCUGGAAAAGUGGCUGAAGAAGGUUCCAGGGACGUUCGACUGGUCCCCAGUGGUGAAAUAUGUGUGUGAGCUUGAGGGGGACAGAGACAAGUGGGCUGACAAGGAGGAGCGGCUAAGGAGAACCGUGACCCAGGUGCUCAAGUGUGACGUGAAUAAAGAACAGCCCCUGGAGCCUGCAGUCCUGCCCCUGGCGGACUGCGUCCUUUCCUCCCUGUGCCUUGAGGCUGCCUGCCUCACCCAGGAGGCCUUCCGGGCUGCCCUGCGCCACAUCCGGACCCUGCUCCGGCCCAGGGGCCAUCUGGUGCUGGGCGGGGGCUUUGACACCACCUUCUACAUGGUGGGGGCGAAGAAGUUCCCCUGCCUUCCCCUGAAGGAGAAAUUCGUGUGUGAGGCUCUGCAGAAGUCCGGCUUCACCAUCGAGAAGCUGGAGACGGCUCCGCGGGCAGCUGAGACCAUGUCGGAUGAGCAGUCAGACUACACCGCGAUGUUCGUCGUCGUGGCCCAGAGAAACGACUGACGUAUUGGACUUGGAAGGGGGGUGAGCAUGCAGGGGUCGUUCGGCUACCCCAUUUCCUUCCCUUGGCUUUAUUUAGAACUCUUCCUUGCCAGCAAAUGCUUUUAGAGUCUUAUUGUAAUACGUGAUUGCCAGAUAAUUAGGGAUGUUCCUCUCAAACAGAGAGGUUCAUGGUAUACUCCACUAACGUCCCGGGGUCGGGGAAGAAUUGGGCCAGAAAAUAAAGCUUGGCCUCCCCUAGUUUUGAGGGCACCUUGGGGUUGCAUGGGAGCGAAGAGGGUAGAGUCCCCCGUGCCCUCCUCCUUGAGGCAUCUGGGGACGGCUCGCCUUCUGAGCUCAUUCAUCAUUUGCAUCUUCACCCCUGCUGAUGACACCGCCGCCCCGUCCCACAAAAUGAAAGGAACGCGGGCUUUGGUGCAAGAAGACGUGGGUUUUGGUACUUGGCUCUUGUGAUGAUAGGUAGGUCAUUCGUAUCUCACAGCCUCAGUUUCCCCAUCUCUGAAAUGCAAAUAACAAGACCCCUCCCCAGGCUUCCUGUGACACCCCAAAUAUAUAACAUGAACACACCUGCUAAACAGC